GAAUAGAUAAGGCUUGUGAAUGACUGUUUCUCUAUAAGUUCAUCAAAAUGGAAGAAGAUGAAGUAAACAAGUUCUCCACAGCCUCUGUUGGAAACCUCGAUGUUGCUGAUACGUCUAAUGUCGUAGAUAAUUCUAGUUUUCUUGCUGAUGAACAUGCUCUGGUAGGAAUGGAUGAUGCAGAUCAUUUACAAGGGAUUAGUUCAGUUGAUGCUGUCCUCAAGGAUGAUCAUUUUGAACAGGUUUCUCUAGGAGAUCAAGAUAAGCACCUUGACCAGUCUCUUUCAGCUACCGGUCUGGAUUCUUUGAACCAUCAAGAAUCUGGAUAUCCUGUAGUCCAGUAUCCACAGAGGCCUAAGCCAAAGUCUACGAUGCCAAACGUUUCUCCAGAGUUAUUGCAUCUUGUUGAUUCAGCCAUCAUGGGUAAGCCUGAGAGCUUAGACAAAAUCAAGAAUAUUGUUAGCGGUGCUGAGAGUUUUGGGUCUGGAGAGGAUUCAGAGACUAUUGCUUUUCUUGUCAUCGAUUCACUUCUUGCUACCAUGGGUGGAGUAGAGAGCUUUGAAGAGGAUGAAGAUAGCAACCCCCCUAGUGUGAUGUUGAACUCUCGUGCGGCCAUUGUUGCUGGCGAGCUUAUUCCUUGCUUACCUUGUUCGGGUGACAGUGUCAAUUUCAUGUCCCCCAGGACCCGUAUGGUGCGAGGAUUGCUAGCAAUUUUACGUUCUUGCACCAGAAACAGAGCUAUGUGUUCCAUGGCGGGUUUAUUAAGUGUUCUCUUGCGAUCAGUCGAGGAGAUUAUAUCCAAGGACGACACUAUGAUGUGGAAUGCAGCAGUUUUGUUUCACUCUAUUCAACAUAUAGCUGGGCACUCUCUUAGUGUUGACGAUUUGUAUAGAUGGCUUCAUGUUAUAAAAAAGUAUCUUCCUACAGUGUGGUCAAGUCCAUUGAUGGAUGCCUUGGAGAAGGCAAUGAAUGGUAAAGAAUCAAGCGGACCUGCGUGUAGUUUUGAAUUUGUCGGUGAAAGCUCAGGCUUACUUGGUCCGGGAGAAACUCGCUGGCCUUUUACCAAUGGCUAUGCAUUUGCAACUUGGAUUUAUAUUGAAUCAUUUGCUGAUACAUUAGAUGCUUCAACCGCUGCAGCUGCAAUUGCUGCUGCUUCAGCAGCCAAAUCAGGAAAAACGUCUGCUGCAGCCGCUGCAAAUGUACACAAUGGUGAGGGUACUGCUCAUAUGCCUCGUCUGUUCAGCUUUUUGACCCCUGAUAGUCAGGGGAUUGAAGCAUAUUUCUAUGCACAAUUUUUGGUGGUUGAGAGUGGCAGUGGUAAAGGAACUAAAACUUCACUGCAUUUCACUCAUGCAUUUAAGCCUCAGCGUUGGUACUUUAUUGGCCUUGAGCAUACCUGCAAUCAGGGACUUUUAGGGAAUUCAGACAGUGAAUUGCGGCUAUAUAUUGACGGAUCCUUGUAUGAAACUCGUCCGUUUGAAUAUCCUCGUAUAUCCAAACCGCUUUCUUUCUGUUGCAUCGGGUCAAAUCCUCCAUCUACAACUGCUGGUCAACAACGUCGUCGACGUCAGUGUGCUUUGUUUGCUGAGAUGGGACCAGUUUAUAUAUUUAAAGAACCGAUUGGUCCUGAAAGAAUGACACGAUUGGCAACUAGAGGUGGGGAUAUAUUGCCUUGUUUUGGCGAUGGGGCAGGUCUUCCAUGGUUAGCUACAAAUGACCAUGCCCGUAACGAGGCUGAGGAAAAUAGUCUUUUGGAUGCAGAGCUUGGAGUAUACAUUCACCUACUUUACCACCCAUUUCUACUAAAUGGGCGAUUUUGUCCAGAUGCUUCUCUUUCUGGAGCAGCAGGCACUCAAAGAAGACCAGCUGAGGUAAUUGGACAAGUCCAUGUUGCAACGAGAGUGAAGUCAGUGGAGUCCUUCUGGGCCUUAGCUUAUGGUGGACCCAUGUCGUUGCUUCCUCUAACCGUAAGCAGUGUACACAAAGAUACUCUGCAACCAUGCUAUAGAAGUCCUCCAUCGUCUUUGACAACAUAUUCUCUUGCUGCACCUAUAUUUAGAAUUAUCUCCGUUGCUAUUCAACAUCCUGGGAACAAUGAAGAGUUGUCUCGUUCUAAGGGGCCUGAAAUCCUGGCCACAGUUCUGGGCUAUCUUCUUCACUCACUUGCAUCCCUUGAUCUCAAGCACGAUAGAGUAGGAGAUGAGGAACUAGUUGCUGCCAUUGUUUUCCUUAGCCAAUCUCAAAAGAUCAAUCAUGCUCUUAAAGUGCAGCUCUUCCCAAUUCAAGAGAAAGACUCUGUGAACACUUUUUCUCUAGAUGGGAAUGCACGUCAAGUGGGGGAAGUUAAUGCAUUGGUUGAUGAACUUUUGGUGAUUAUUGAACUUCUAAUGGGAGCAGCAUCUCCUUCGUUUGCUGUUGCUGAUGUCCAUCUAUUACUUGGGUUCAUAAUUGACAGUCCACAACCAAAUCAGGUUGCAAGGGUGUUGCAUCUCAUGUUUAGGUUGGUUGUACAGCCAAAUGCUGCAAAGGCGCAUACGUUUGCAGAGGCAUUUAUCACAUCUGGUGGGAUAGAAACACUUCUUGUUCUGCUCCAAAGAGAAGCUAAAACUGGUGAGGAAGGCAUCGCAGAUUCUGUAGUUAAGGGUGAAACAAGUGUGCCAACUAUUCAUAGUGAACAGAUUCAACACAAUGGGCCUGGUUUGUUAAAGCAGUUGGAUUCACUUCCGCAAGAUAAUGAGGAUGACCCUCAUGCUCUUAAUGAUAGUGUAGGAUCUUUCAAGGAAUCAGAGUCAGUUCAACAAGAAAAAUCACAUGGAUCUGCGACUGUCAUUUGUGAUAGUGACUCAGUUACCAUCUCUAAUUCCAUGAAUGCUGACAGAGUAUCCUCUGUUUCUGAAACUCCAUUCAAUAAUAAUGCAAGAAACAAUGUUGACGAUAGAGAUCGUGUCAUGGUUGGGAUCAUUAGAUUGAUCGGUGUAUUGAUUUCGAAAGGGCACUUAAAAUUUUCCAUUGAUGCCGAAUCUGAUGUCAUGAGUAACCUCAUGGGUAGUGGGUUUCAUGAAAAUGGUGGAACAAUGUUUGAUGAUAAAGUCGCAUUGCUUCUAUUUGCUCUGCUGAAAGCAUUUCAAGCAGCUCCAAACAGACUGAUGACCUACAAUGUCUACACAACUUUGCUUGGGGCUUCGAUCAAUGCUUCAUCAACUGAGGAUAGCCUGAACUUUUGUGAUUCAGGUCAUCGCUUUGAACACCCUCAACUAAUGUUGAUCCUCCUGCGUUCUCUACCAUUUGCAUCUAAGGCUCUACAAAAUCGAGCACUUCAGGAUCUUCUAUUUUUGGCUUGUAGCCAUCCGGAAAAUAGGAGCACUCUGACAAAAAUGGAAGAGUGGCCUGAGUGGAUCUUGGAGAUUUUGAUCUCAAACUACGAGAGGGAUGCAGGAAAACAAUCUCCUUCACCCGGUUCUGCUGAAGUGGAAGAUUUGAUUCAUAACUUCUUGAUCAUAAUGUUGGAACAUUCGAUGCGCCAGAAGGAUGGCUGGAAGGAUGUUGAGGCUACAAUUCAUUGUGCAGAGUGGCUUUCUAUCGUUGGUGGGUCUAGCACUGGAGAGAAAAGAAUGAGGCGUGAGGAAUCACUUCCAAUUUUCAAAAGAAGGCUUUUGGGUGGAUUGCUAGACUUUACUGCCAGGGAACUGCAAGCUCAGACUCAAGUUAUAGCUGCAGCAUCUGCUGGUUUCGCGGCAGAGAGUCUAACACCAAAAGAUGCAAAGGCUGGAGUAGAAAAUGCUGCUCAGCUUUCAGUAUUUCUUGUGGAAAAUACAAUUGUGAUUCUGAUGCUUGUCGAAGAUCAUUUGAGAAUACAAAGCAAGCAGAAUUGUGCUGCAAACGCAGUUGAUGUUUCUCCAUCUCCUCUCUCUCUUGUUUAUCCUCUCAACAAUCGUUCACGGAUAUUGCCAACAGUCGCAGAAUCAUCAGAGGUUUCAAGUAGCCGUGCUUCAGUGUCCAGUGAUUCAGGAGGGGUACAUUUAGAUAUACUUGCUUCAAUGGCCGAUGCAACUGGUCAGAUUUCAACAGCUGUAAUGGAGCGUCUUGCUGCAGCUGCUGCAGCUGAGCCUUAUGAAUCUGUUUCAUGCGCUUUUGUUUCAUAUGGAAGUUGUACCAUGGAUUUGGCUGAGGGUUGGAAGUACAGAAGUCGAUUGUGGUAUGGUGUUGGACUUCCUAAAACUAGUUGCUUUGGUGGUGGUGGAAGUGGUUGGGACUCUUGGAAACAUGCUUUACAAAAAGAUGCUCAUGGAAAUUGGAUCGAACUUCCUUUAGUUAAAAAAUCAGUAUCCAUGCUUCAAGCCUUGCUGCUAGACGAGUCUGGACUUGGAGGUGGCCUAGGAAUUGGUGGAGGAUCUGGUACCGGGAUGGGAGGGAUGGCAGCACUCUACCAGUUACUAGAUAGUGAUCAACCUUUCUUAUGCAUGCUUCGAAUGGUACUUUUGUCUUUGAGGGAAGAAGACCAUGGUGAAGAUAGUCUGUUGAUGGAAAAUUUAAGUUCUGAAGACGGGUUUUCCGGUGGACUGCAGUGCCCCUUGGGGAAUUCUGCCUCAUCAGAUAUCAGUUCUCAGAUGUCUAUGCGACAAUCACCAUCGGCUUUAUUAUGGAGUGUGCUAUCUCCUGUUCUAAACAUGCCAAUAACUGAUUCAAAGAGGCAGAGAGUAUUGGUUACUACAUGCGUUCUAUACUCUGAGGUAUGGAAUGCUGUCAGCAAAGACAAAAAGCCACUACGUAAGCAAUAUCUAAAGGCUAUUUUACCACCAUUUGUUGCAAUUCUUCGACGAUGGCGACCUCCUUUAGCUGGCAUACAUGAACUUGCCACUGGUGAUGGUAUCAAUCCCCUUGUGGUUGAUGAUCGUGCUUUGGCUGCUGAUGCACUCCCCAUUGAGGCGGCUAUUUCUAUGAUUUCUCCGGAAUGGGCCGCUGCUUUUGCAUCGCCUCCUUCCGCAAUGGCACUGGCAAUGAUAGCUGCAGGGGCAGCUGGUUGGGAAGCACCGGCACCUCCAGCACCUCCACCUCUUAGGCGAGACUCUUCAUUGCUUGAGCGUAAAAGUACCAAACUUCAGACAUUUUCCAGCUUCCAGAAACCCUUGGAGGCUCCAAACGAUGAUUCACCAGGUCGACCAAGAGAUAAGGCUGCUGCAAAAGCGGCAGCUCUGGCAGCUGCACGCGAUCUUGAACGGAAUGCCAAGAUUGGUUCUGGGAGAGGUCUUAGUGCUGUUGCAAUGGCCACAUCUGCACAGCGGAGGACUAUUAGUGAUAUGGAACGUUUACAGAGAUGGAAUGUCUCUGAAGCCAUGGGAGUAGCAUGGAUAGAGUGUCUCCAACCAGUGGAUACAAAAUCAGUUUAUGGAAAAGAUUUUAAUGCUUUGUCCUACAAAUUUAUUGCUGUACUUGUUGCAAGCUUUGCCUUUGCACGUAACAAGCAGAGAUCUGAGAUUGACAGGCGUAUGCAAAAUGAUAAAAUAGUGAGAAAUCGCUUGUGCAUGGGAAUCAGUGGUUGGCGCAAAUUCGUUCGUUAUUUGAUAGAGAUGAGAUGCUUCUUUGGACCAUUCGGAGAACACUUAUGCAGUCCCAAACACGUUUUCUGGAAACUGGAUUCUAUGGAAAGUUCUACGAGGAUGAGACAAUGUUUAAGGAUGAAUUACUCUGGUACUAGUCAUCUAGAGACAACAAGAAACUAUGAUGAUCAGACAGACUUGAAGAAUAAUCACGAUAACUUGGAUUCUCUAUCAAAUGCACCUGUUCUUGCUGUUGAAGCAGUAUCAACGGAAAUAAUGUGUGAAGAUGAUGAACAUGGAGAUGCCGACGAUCUUGAAAUAGAGGGUAAUGUUGGAGAACACAAAGGGGAAAACGAAGAGAGGAGAUCUGGCUCUCUUGAAGAUGCAAUAACACUGUCAACUGGAAUUAACGAUCAUCAACCUUUGAGUGAACAUGAUAUGGUUCAAAAUUCUACAGAAGUAGUUCUCAGUGAAAGGAUUGUUCUUGAAAUCUCCUCUUCUAUGGUCCGGCCACUAAGGGUUGUGAAAGGAACCUUUCAAAUUACUACACGGAGAAUAAAUUUUAUUGCUGACAUCAGAGAAGACCAACAUUUGGAUGAAAAUUCAGAUGGUUCAAAAUCAAGAGAUCAAGAAAGAGAUCGUAGUUGGUUGAUGUCUUCUCUGCAUCAGAUUUAUAGCCGACGGUACCUACUGAGGAAGAGUGCUCUGGAACUAUUUAUGGUGGAUCGCUCAAACUUCUUCUUUGAUUUUGGGAACACCGAGGGACGAAAAAAUGCUUGUCGGGCUAUUGUUCAAGCAAGGCCUCCUCUUUUGAAAGAUAUUUACUUGGCAACUCAGAGGCCAGAUCAACUUUUGGAAAGAACACAGUUGAUGCAGCGGUGGGCUAGAUGGGAGAUCAGCAAUUUUGAGUACCUAAUGCAGCUCAACACAUUGGCUGGGCGGAGUUAUAAUGACAUCUCUCAGUAUCCUGUUUUCCCAUGGAUUCUGUGCGACUAUACAUCAGAAAUUCUGGACCUUUCAAAUCCAUCUAACUACAGGGAUCUUUCCAAGCCAAUUGGCGCAUUGAACCCGGAGCGACUGAAAAAGUUUCAAGAACAAUACUCUAGCUUCGAAGAUCCAGUCAUCCCGAAAUUCCACUAUGGUUCACAUUACUCAAGUGUUGGAGUAGUGUUACAUUAUCUAGCUAGAGUUGAACCUUUUACUACCCUUUCAAUUCAAAUGCGAGGUGGGAAGUUCGAUCCUACAAACCGCAUGUUCUCAGACAUUGCAGCCACUUGGAAAGGAGUUCUCCAAGAUAUGAGUAAUGUGAAGGAGUUGGUUCCAGAGUUGUUUUACUUUCCUGAGGUGUUGACUAACGAGAACUUGGUUGACAAGCUUGAUUCUGUAAAACUUCCUCCUUGGGCUAAAAGCCCGAUUGACUUUGUACACAAACAACGAAUGGCUCUUGAGAGCGAGCAUGUCUCGGCACAUUUGCAUGAAUGGAUUGAUCUCAUUUUCGGGUAUAAGCAACGUGGAAAGGAAGCUACACUGGCAAAUAAUGUUUUCUUCUACACUACCUACGAGGGGACUGUUGAUAUUGAUAAGAUCACAGAUCCAGUAAAACGACAGGCUACUCAAGACCAGAUAGUUAAUUUCGGGCAAACGCCUUCGCAGCUAUUGACUGUGCCUCACAUUAAAAGAAUGCCUCUAAAAGAUGUCAUUCAUAUGCAGACCAUCUUCCGGAAUCCAAAAAAGAUAAAACCGUAUCCUGUUCCAGCUCCAGAACACUGCAACUUACCUGCUGCAGCCAUCAAGCCAUCUUCGGAUACUAUUGUGAUUGUUGACAUGAAUGUGCCUGCAGCACAUAUUGCACAACACAAGUGGGAACCAAACACUCCUGAUGGCCAAAAUACUCCUUUCAUCUUUCAUCACGGGAAGCCGAGUUCAACUGGCGGAACAUUGAUACGCAUGUUCAAGAGUGACUGGGAAUAUCCCCAAGCACAAGCAUUUGCCUCAUCAGGAAUCAGAAGUUCGUCUGUCACUGCUAUAACUAACGACGGAGAAAUUAUCACUGGUGGACAUGUGGAUAACAGCAUCAAGGUAGUCUCAUCUGAUGGAGCGAAAACACUGGAAACAGCUUUUGGUCACUGUGCUCCUGUAACAUGUCUGGCUCUGUCUCCAGGCAACAACUUCCUCGUGACAGGUUCUCGAGAUGCAACUGUUUUGUUGUGGAGAUUUCACAAGGGAUUCACAUCUCAGACAAGCGAGUCUGAGCAGACAACAAGCUCUGUAACACCUUCUUCCGUAAGCAGCAACAACUUGGCGGACAAAUCCAAAAAGCGUCGCAUUGAAGGGCCCAUACAAGUGCUCCGUGGCCACCAAAGAGAAAUAAGUUGUUGCUGCGUUAGCUCAGAUCAAGGGAUCGUCGUUUCGUGCUCAGAGUCAUCAGAUGUUCUAUUGCAUUCCAUAAGGAAAGGUCGACUAAUAAGACGGCUUGUUGGCGUUGAGGCCCGUGCUCUUUGCAUUUCUUCAGAUGGAGUUAUAGUAGUCUGGAGUAGCUCAGAAAGUUCUAUCAGCACGUUCACCAUUAAUGGAGUUCUCAUUUCCAAAGCAAGACUUCCUUCCUCUUGUACCAUAAGCUGCAUGGAACUAUCCAUGGACGGACAAAAUGUUGUGAUUGGCGUGAACUCAUUUUCCGACAUUGAUGGAUCGAGGAGUUUUAACAACGUUACUAGUGAAGAAGAUUCAUCAAAUAGAAGCAAAGAAGUAGAGAGAUUGGAUAUACCAUCUCCUUCAAUUUGCUUCCUCAACUUAUACACUCUCCAGGUAUUUCAUAUGUUGAAGCUUGGUGAAGGGCAGGGUAUAACCGCUAUGGCUCUGAGCACAGACAACACUAACCUCUUAGUUACCACAGAAGAUGAACAGCUGAUCAUCUUCACAGAUCCAGCUUUACGCUCGAAUGAGGUGGAUAAGACACUGAAGCUUGGCUCAGAAUGACGAAAUGUUUGUAACUGUUUGGACAAUAUCAACAUCAAUUCACCGUGAAAUGUCUCACUCCAAGAUCUGUCGGACGAAACUUGCAGCCGAGCAACAAUGGAGUUGCAGAGGGAAGUUAGUUGGCUAAUGAUGGGGAAGAAGAAGAAGCUAAGAACGGAUAUUUAAUGGUGCAUUAUUCAAGAUAUUGAAUUCAAAAAACCAACUCCGACUUCUUGAUUCUUAAGCUUUUUUUCUAUAUUC